AUGUUGGAGCAGCCGAUAUUCCACUACUCGAGGAAACCACUACCACAGCUUCUGUUGAGCCAGUUGUACAGCCAAUCGGAAAAGCUAUCGCCUAGUUUCAUUCUCCAGAAUGCUAGGGAGACAAUUGAACACUUACUUAUCUACAAUGCUAGACGAUUGCGCGAGUUUCGAAGUCUUCCUUAUCUUGUUGUUCUCAAUCCGUCGAUUCUGGAGAGUUACGACUCUUACCUUCAGCUGAUGAGUUCUUUGUUGAAGGCUAGCUUAUACACACCGCAUACACUCGAAGAGAAUACUGAGUUUGCUGAAAAGGUUUUGAGCGAGUUUAUCGAUAUACACGCUGAUACCUUGCCCAGCUUAUCCAAGGGUUUCGCCGAGGUGAGCAAUCUCUUGCAUAUGAAGCAGAUUAGUCAAUUUUUGGAUCGCCAUUUGAAAGAGAGAAUAAGUAUGCGUCUUAUUGCCCAUCAACAUAUCGAGUUGUCGCGGUCAAUUGCUAGUCCCAAUUUUACCAAGGGGAGAUACAACGGUGUGGUAAAACUACUUCAUUUACCUGACGUGAUUAAAAAGAAUGCAGAAGUAGUGAAUGAUAUAACAAUGAUGAAAUACGACCAGUCUGUACAGGUGAAGAUUGACACAAAUUUGAAAUCUGGAAACUACUGGAGCCAAGCUGACCCGGGUCUUGAAAUUUCAAAGGAUGAAAUUUUGAACUUUCCAUACAUAGAGUACCACUUGGAUUACAUAUUCAUGGAACUUUUUAAAAACUCGUUUAGGGCACAAAUUGAAAACAAUGUUUCUGACCCAGUAACAGUUACAAUAUCAACGUCUCAAAAGUCGCCCCGAUUUAUGGAGAUUCGGAUAAGGGACAAGGGGAAAGGUAUACCGCAAAAAACGUUGCUGCAUAUUUUUGACUACUCUUUCACCACCUACGAGAGUAAUGAAGGGGAAGCUUUCAAAACAUUAAAUGUUCCACCUGAGCAUCUCGGUGGUGGGCACUCGGUUGCAGGAAUGGGAUUUGGAUUGCCUUUGGCAAAGCAAUACAUUGAAGUGUUUAAUGAUACGGUUUCUGAAUUGAAUGAAACAAAGGGGCUGUUGACUGUGCAGACGUAUCCCAGGUGGGGAACCGAUGUGUAUUUAAAGACAGUGGGUCAAUAA